AUGAAAGGGCGGUCAAAUCGCCCUCAGAAUAUGGACCCUCCGCCGGACGAAUGGGUCGACGGUUCAUGGACAGUGGACUGCAUCUGCGGCGUCACCUUUGACGACGGCGAAGAGAUGGUGAAGUGCGACGAGUGCGAUGUGUGGGUUCACACGCGCUGUUCUCGUUACGUCAAAGGUGAUGACAUGUUCGCCUGUGACAAGUGUAAGGCCAAAAACAACCGUGCCGGAGAUGACAACAACACUGAGGAAACUGAGGUUGCUCAAUUGUUGAUCGAUCUUCCCACUAAGACGAUCUCUCUUGAGAGAAGGAAUAAUAAUAAUAACAGAAGCAGUUCUAUUUCUUCCAGAGUUGCGUCGUGUUCACGCCGUCCUUUUAGGCUUUGGACUGAUAUACCUAUGGAGGAGAGGGUUCAUGUUCAGGGUAUUCCUGGUGGUGAUCCUUCUCUUUUUGCUGGUAAGGCAGUGUCUUCGAUUUUCGGUCCGCAGCUGUGGAAAUGCACAGGUUAUGUUCCUAAGAAGUUUAAUUUUCAGUAUAGGGAGUUUCCUUCUUGGUAUGAGAAUGAUUCGGAUAAGGGCGCACAAGAAAAUGAUACUGAAAUUAAGGAUAAGGAUAAUGGGGCUGGAGUUCUUUUAUCAUUUUCUAAAGAGACUAAUAACGUGUUAGCCACAUCCCCUGUCGCGGCUUUGGUGGAUAUGAAAUCAAGCCAAGGUAAGAAGGGUUUCAAGGAAAAUGGAACGGGAAAGGUUGGCAAGGAUCAUAUGCCACGCGCGGUCCACAAUGCGGACAAGAAGGAGAGGACUUUGCUUAGUCCUUCUGUUGUUCAUUCAAGUAAGCGGAGGAAGGACGAAUUCUCCAAGGACCGGAAUGGGAAGAAGAAGCGGAGGACUUCUGACAGAGAGGAGGAUGUAGAUCCCAAGCGGAGGACUUCACAUUCUUCUAAAGCAGCGUUUACAUCAACCAGUGAUGCAAAACAAUUGGCAUUCUAUGGAGGCAGAGGUCCGAAGGUUUUCAAAGAUGACAUUCGAAUCAUAAAGAAUAGAAACUUAAAAGAUUCGGUGGCUCGAGAUCAUAUCUCAAAUGAUUCUUUUGCCGGGGGUAUCAUCAUGGAGGCAUCAAAUAACAACAACUUGACAACUACUGAGGAGUCUUCAGAAGCCUUAUAUCCUAACAAAACAAGACAAAGUCAUUCUGCUGGAGAUGUAUUAGUAGAAGGGAAGACUAGCCAUAAAGUUCUUGAGAUGUCUUCUAAGACUGAUGAUGCCGUUACAUCAGUUCUAAAGCAAACUAAUCUUGAAAAUGCCUCAGCUAAAAAGAAGGGCGGAGAUUGCUUGGAGGCUAAUAAUGUAGAUGGUACUUUUGUAAGAAGCCCUGCGAGUCCUCAGACAGAAGAUCAUUGUGGCUCUGCACCAGAACGUAUAGGGAAGCAAGUUUCUCAAGAUAUUGACUGCAACCAGAAUCCAAGCUCCGGGCAAUGCAAAGUUAAGGUGAAGAGAGAAGAAGAUGAGGAUGAUAAGUUUAAGCUUUCAAAUUUUCAUUCUUCUCCUAUCAGCGGUCUUAAAAACAAUGGAAAGCCAUCCGAUCCCACACCUGUUAUUGAUAAAGUCAAUGAUGCUGCAGUUCUCAGUUUACCUUUAUGUGAAGCUAAGGUAGGCAAUGUUAGCAUAUCAUCAGAAGUACUCCCAGAUAAUCCUACCAACGAACUCAAUGAAUUGCCUGGUGAUUUUUGUCGUGGAAAAGAAGAAGUGGAGGGGUCUGAAGGUUCAUUGGAAACACAAAAGGGAUUUUCAAAAACAAAAGAUGGUCUAGGCAUUUCUAAGAAUCCUUCUAAAUCUGAAGCACUUGAAUGUCCAAGUAAAAUGCUAGCUUCUGGCAGAAAGUCGUCUCCAACUUCAUCCACCAUGAACUCCAAAUCAUUGAUUCAUGACUUCAAAUCUGAAGAUACUGAAAUCGCCAAUCCUUUUACGAAGCAUGGAGCUAAAUCUGAUCGUAACAAUUACAUGAAGAGUGAAAGUUGUAUGAAUGAUGCUGCAAUGGAUGAAAUUCCAAGGAAGUCUGUAAGAGAGCGUCCAAAAUCUUCUUUGAAUUAUAAUUCAAAAGGACUGCAUUCAAGCCGGAUUAUGCAAAAUUCCGUUUCAAAGCAAGUAAAUCCAGAUGCGAAAGAUUCUGUUCACUGUUCAUCAACGAAACCAUCCCUGGGUCACCAGACUCCAAGUGUUUUUGGCUCUAGUGAGACUAAUGCAUCAAUACACCAUCAAAAAGGACCGAAAGUAGAAAAGCUUAAUCAAACAAAUACCCAUCCUUCCUCGAAGUUGAACCAGAACAACACACCAUCAUUGAAUCCUUCUCCAACAUUAAAUUCUUCAAUGCUGAGUGAUGAAGAGCUAGCUUUGCUAUUGCAUCAAGAAUUGAAUAGUUCCCCUCGUGUACCCCGGAUACCCCGUGCACGCCAAACAGGUAGCUUGCCACAGCUGACUUCUACCAGUGCUACAAACAUGCUAAUGAAGCGAGCAUCAGUUGGAGGAAAGGAUAACUAUUUGGUAUGUAAAAGAAAAUACAAGGAUGCAACUAGAGAUGGGGUUUGCAGUUCUCGUGAACCAGAAGAUGAAACUAAAAGGAUAGAAAAGGAGAAGGUUCAAUCAUCAUCUGAUCAAAGAAAACCAGACAUGGCGUAUGUGGAAGAUACUUCUGUAAAGGAAGAAGGAAGCCGUGCAUGCGUGACAGCUGCAAACUCUAUUACAGGCGAUGUUGUUUCCGCAGCCCCUGCCAUUGAAAACAACAGUCCACCUUCCCCUCGCGAGGAUUGUAAUUUGUCAUCAAAGAGGAACUCACCCAGGAAUAUAUCUGAUGAUGAUAUAGCAAUAGCUGGAAGGCCUGUUCAUCACACCUUACCUGGCUUAAUCAAUGAUAUAAUGAGCAAGGGCAGGCGCAUGACAUAUGAGGAACUCUGUGGUGCUGUGCUACCACACUGGCCCAACUUGAGGAAACAUAACGGAGAGCGAUAUGCAUAUGCAAGUCAUUCCCAAGCUGUUCUUGAUUGUUUGAGGAACCGGCAUGAAUGGGCAAGGCUGGUUGAUCGUGGCCCAAAGACAACUACUACUAGGAAAAGGCGUAGUAAGCUGGAUGCUGAAGAAUCUGAUGAUAAUGGAUAUGACAAGGGAAAAACUGCAAAAGAUGCCGAAGGGAAGAACUUGGAAUUGCAAAAAGAAGAGUUUCCUAAAGGUAAACGCAAAGCUCGAAAACGCAGGCGGCUGGCUCUUCAGGGAAAAGUAGUUAAGGAUGUCAGAAGGAAACAAAAAACUGACUCACUUACCGGCGAAGACGUAGGCCCAUUAUCCAAUACUAGUGAAGAGAGCCUGUUUAGUGAGGAUGGAAUUCAAGUUGACAGAACAUGUCCAGCAGGAAGUACAUCAGAUGAGGCUGGAAGUGCUUAA